AUGCAUAAUGAAACAAAAAUAGGAAAACAAGAAUUAAUUGAAUGGGUGGAAAAACUUUUGAGUAGAAAAAAUUUUGAGUUUAAAAAUUUAAAAGAUGGAGAUAUAUAUUUGCAAUUAUUUGAGCAUAUAUGGCCUAAUGUAAUGAACAAAUAUAAGGGUUGUAUUAAUAUUAAUCCUAUAAAUGACAUUAAAAAAAAAAAAAAUUGGAAGAUUAUAAGAAAUGUAUUAGACUGUGUAAAUAUUGAUAAAGAUUUUAUCAAUUUUGAUGAAAUAGCUACAGAGAAUUUUAAAAAAUGUUAUCAAUCAUUAAUUAUAUUAUAUUUUUUAUAUUCUUUAGUUAAGCAUCAUGAAUGUGAUUUUAUAUUAGCAUAUCCUAUUGACCAGAAACUAACGGAUUUUAUGUCUAGUGAAGAACCCUUAACAUGCUUAGUAAAAGCUGGAAGUGUACAAUUACCAGAACGUUUUUUUGAAAAAAUUUCGAAUUCUACUUUGAAUUUAAAUAAUUUAAUUAAAGGAAAUGAAAUAGAUAAAAAUAAUUCAAAAAAUAAUAUAUUAGUUAGUGAAAAUUUUAAUGAAUUAAAACAUCAGAAAGAAAAUUUAGACUGUAUAGAUAAAUCAGAAUAUGAUGAUGAUUAUAAUUUUGAAAAAUAUAUAAAUGAUUACAGUAAUAAGGAAUACAACAAUUUAAAGAAGGAAAAUUCUAAUAUUGAUGAUUUAGAAGAAAAUUUUCGCUUAAAUUCAAAAUUUGUAACAUCAGAAAAUUUAAGUAAUAAUUAUUCUUUGAAUUCUUUAAAAAAAAUUGAUUUCAAUAAUAUAGAAAUCAGUAAGAAUAAGGAAGAAAAUUAUUCAAAGUUUAAUAAUAUCUAUUAUAAAAACAACGACAAUAAUAAUAAUAAUAAUAAUAAUAAUACUAAAAAUCAUAGUUCUUUUAAGAUAAAUUUAAAUAACAAACAUAUUGAUGAAAGUAAUUCAAAUAUAUCUAAUGUUAAUCAUACUUUAUUUAAUAAUAACUGUGACAUCAAUUUAAAAAAAAAAAACGCCUCAUACAAUUUUAAUGAUAUUUCUGCUUCCAAUAAUGGUAGCUUUUUUAAUUAUUUUAAUACUAAAAAAGAAAAAUAUGAUAACUAUAAGAAUAAAAUAAAUGAUAAUAACAAAAAUAAUUUAUCUGCUCCUAACUUGAAUUUGUUUAAAUUACCUUAUAUUAAUGAUAGCAAUUGCAUUGAUAAAAAUAAUUUCGUUUUGGACCUUAAAAAAGGCAAAGUAAAUGCUUCUUCUCAAACUGAAAAUGAUAGUAUUUUAAAUAAUUUAAUUAAUGAUGAAAGUUAUAUGAACUUAGAAGUUAUAUGGAAUGACCAGAAUAAAAAAAUAAAAGGAGAUUCCUUUAUUUCUUUUUUAAAAACACAAAUUAAAAUGUAUAAAAAAGAAUUAGAUAUAAAGAGAGAAGAAAUGGAAUUAAUACAAAAAAUUAACAAAAAAACUAUUAAUGAUAUAAAAACAUCAUACAAUACAGAAUUAAAAAAACUUAAGGAAAAAUAUGAAGCAGAAAUUUUUUAUUUAAAACAGCAGCAUUUAGAAAAUAUAGUUAUCGUGAGAAAAAAUUUUGAAUCAAAAUUAAAUCAUAUAGAAGAAGAUCUUUUAUUAGAUCUGGAUGUUUUAAAUAGUGAAAAUAAACACAUGAAUUCUUCCGAUGAAUAUAAAAAGGAUUCAUAUAUAGAGGAUUAUUUGAAAAGUAGCAAUUAUGAAUUUAAAGAAAAUAGAGAUUAUGACAUUAAUAUGGAUAAUGGUAACUUUCUAUUUGAUAAGAUAAUUUCUACACAAAGUAAUAAAACGACAUCAGUAGAUUCAACAAUAAAGGAAAAUUAUAGUAACGAUAUAUUAAAAAAAACUAAUUUUUUUAAUUUUAAUUGCAAUAAUGAAGAAGAUAAAUAUAAAAAUAAAAAAGAGGAAAAGUAUGUAGAAGAUGAUAUAAACAAAGAAAAAACAGUUAUACAUAAUGAUUAUUAUAUGAAUAACAGUAUAGAAUACUCUAUUAAGAAGUUAAAAUAUUUGCUAAAUGAAAAAAACAAAGAACAUAUUUUGAAUAAUGAGUAUAUUAAAAACGAGAUUUUAAAUAUAAGGACCAUGAUUAGUAAAAUUGUUCUAGAAAAAGAAAAUAUAUAUAAUUAUCAUAAAGAAAGCAGUGAAAUUUUUAAUGAAAUAUUGGAAUUUAUAGAAAAAAAUAUAGACAAAAAAAACGUAAGUGAUAAUUUAAGUAAAGAUUUUUACGUAGAAAAAAUUAAAAAUGCUAUUUAUAAUAUAAUAAGAAACAAAAAAAAAUAUCACAUAAAUGAAGAAGAAAUUACACAGCAUUUAGAUGAAAGUACUCUAAUUAGUUUAAUUGUUUAUAUGAGUUCAUUACUUCAAUUAGAAAGAAUGAGAUCAGAAUCGAUAAAAAUACAAAAGGAACGAAAUGCCUUUAUAAUGAAUUAUGUAAAAAAUGAGAACACAACAGAAUAUCUGCCAAAUAAAAAAAAAAAUAUUACAAAGUUUGAGGAUGAAGAUAAUAUAGAAAAUCUUAAAAUUCUAUCCAAUGAAGUACCGAGUAAUGAAAUAGAAAAUUUUGAAAAAGCAAUGGAAUUAGAUGAUAGAAUAAAAAAAUUAGAAAACAAAAAUAAAAAAUUAUUAUCUAUAAAUGAAUAUUACAAAAAGAAAUUAGAGCAUGUAGAAAUAUGGAAAAGCACUUUAGAAAAUUUUAAAAAAAAAUGUAAAAAAAUGAAUGAUACAUAUAAUACAGCAGAUCAGUCCGAAGAUAAGCAUUCUAACUUUAUAAAAAUUAAAGAAAUAGAAGAAUCAGAUAAUGUAAUUGAAUCUUCUUUUAUAUGGUUUCCAAAAAUUUACCUUAAUUCAUUUGAAGAAGAGACAGAAAGGGAAGCUCAAUUAAUGUAUCUUUUGAAAAAAUUAGGUAGAUGUGAAAAAGAACAAGAAUUAAAUGUUUUUGAAAAUAAUUUAUUUUCUUAUUCUAUUAAUGAAUAUAAUACUAAAAAUAAUGAAAAAUUAUUUUCAUCAAAAAAAAAUAAAAUAUGCUCAAUAUAUAAGCAAAAUAUUAUUUCAGACAAAGAGAAUAUUAAAAACAACCAAGAAAAUAAUAAACUUCCAUUAAUCAAUCAUAAUGAAUUCUUAGUGAUAUUAAAAAAAAAAUUAACUUAUAUCUUUUGGCAAAUGCUAGGUGAUAUUUAUAAAUAUAGAAAUAUUAUUCACGAAGCAUGCAACUAUAUCUAUAAUUUAAAUAGUUUGCUAAAUAAUUAUUUUAUAAGAAAUGAACAAACCCAAAAACAAGCCAAAGAGAAUUUUGAUGUGUACUCUAAAAAUAAAGAAAAUUUUUAUUUAUCAGAAAAAUAUAGAUUGAGAAAAAUAAUAGGAACAACUAAAUUAAACAUGGACAUCUAUAAAGAGCAAUAUGUUGAAUUAAAGGAGGAAUACGAAAAAGAAAAGAAAAAUCUACUUAUUUUAACCAAUGCUUGUUAUGAAAAUGAAAAUAUAAAAUACAAAAACACUAUUCAGAAAUUUAAAGAAGUAGAUAAGAAUUUAAAAAUGUAUAAAGCUAGAGAAAAAAAAUGGAAUAAAUUAGUGAAAUUGUUAACAAUAGAAUUAAGAAAUUCAUCAAAGGAUAAUCAAGAAGAAAUAAAAAAUGUAUGGCUAGAAAUAAUUGCAACUAAACAAAAAGGAUAUGAGGAAUUUAAGAAAUUAAAUGAUGAACAAUUGCAAAAAAAUAAUAAUUAUUAUUCUGAUUCGGGUGAAAACAGUAAUAAUUUUGUUUCUAUAAUAGAAAACAUCAAUGAGAAAAAUAGCCAUUCCAACAAUAAUAUAGAAUCGAAUAAAAAUAAAGGGAAAGUAGUUAGUAAAAGUUUGAGCUCUAAUAAAAUAAUAACAAAUAAAUAUUACUGUAACUAUAAAAAAAAAAUCAAUGAUAAAAAUCAUUACUCUAGCAAAAACAUUAUUUACAAUAAAGGAGCAAUAAAUUUAAAACUAGACAAAAAUGAUGCAAUCGAUAAUUCCAAUAAUAAUAAUUUAAAUAAUAGUAAUAAUUUAAAAGAUAAAGAGAAUAACAAUGAAAUAAAUUUUUAUAAAAAUGAUUUUAAUGUCUGUUUAGAUGAUAUACAAAAUAACAACAUUUUACAUUUUUGUUCAACUAGCGAUACAGAUAACAUGAUAACAGAUAAAGAUCAAAUUCUUAUCGAUAUUAGAGUUGGAGAAAAUAAAAAUAAAGAAUUUAACUCAAAUAAUAUAGUAAAGAAUACAAAUAAAGAUUCAAUAAAAGUUAAUAAUUUUAAUACAAAAUAUAUCAGUAACGAUGAUAUUAUAUUGAAUACAGAUAAAAAUUGGUUUUCCUUGUUGAACCAGAUGGCAAAAGAGUCAUGUGCAAUUUUCCAAAAUCUUUUGAACUUAAAAGAAGAUGAAUUAAAUGAAAAAAAGAAGAGAAUAACUGAUUUAGAAAAAGAAUUAAGAAAAUUAAAGGAAGAUAAUAUGAAUCAAAAAAAUAAAUAUAAAUGUUUAGAAGAACAACAAGAAUUCUUAACAGAUAAAAUAAAUUCUUUAAAUGAAAAUGUAGAUAAUUUAAAUUCACAAAUAUUUUUAUUAAAUAAAGACAAAAUAUAUCUAGAAAGUAGGCAUCUAAUGAAACAGCAAGAACUUAGCAUAAUUAUAAAAAAUUAUAAAAAUGUUGUUGGUUCAAUAAGAAAACAUAUAAAAAAAUAUUCAUCUAUUUUAUAUUUAUUGGAUAAUUUACCAGAAGAAGAUGAAAAAUAUAUUCUCGAUUUAACAAAUAUAGAUGAAAAAAAUAAUUCAUUAAAUUUUUCUCUUGAUAUAGAUAAAAAUUUCGAAUUAAAAAAAAAAGAAAUAAUUAAUGAUGACGUAAGAAUAAAAAUAAAUGCAAAAGAUUCUCAAGUUGUAACUAAUUUUUCAAAUUUUAGAAUUUCAAAAUUAAAUAAUGAAAAUAAGUUCAUAUCCGAUUUUUAUAUUAAUGAUUUAAUCAAAGAUAUUAAAUGUGAUAACUAUAGAUAA